CAGUGCAAGGUGGUUACCAUGGCGACGACAUUGCACACAAACGGAGCAUGUGGCGUGUAUAGACAGCUGUCUUGUGUUGUUUAGUGACCCCAGUCUUACCUCGAUACUGUGCUUUCUAGUUCUUGAAAACGACGUUGUUCGUCGGAAAAGUACAUGGAAAAGUACGACAAGGUGCUGUGUUUGGGUCGGGGAGGAGCAGCAGACGUGUUCCUGAUGAGGCAUGUGGAGCGGAAGAGCCUGCACGCUGUGAAGCGGGUGAAGGUGGAGGACACACGGGCAGCAAAAACACACAGAGCUGUUCUCCAAGAGGCUGACAUCAUCAGGAGGCUGGAGCACCCUCACAUAGUGACAUGUAGCGAUGCCUUUGUGAACCCUGAUGACGGAUUUAUUUACAUUGUGAUGAACUAUUGUGAUGGUGGGACGUUGGAUGACAAAGUGAAACAGAGGGAACCAGGGGAGUUUUUCACAGAGGAUACUGUGAUGGGAUGGUUUGUGCAGGUGACUGUGGCUGUGAAUUAUAUACACACGGCUAAAAUACUACACAGGGACAUCAAAACUUCAAAUGUACUGCUAACAAAGCAAGGUGUGGUAAAGUUAGGGGACUUUGGGAUAUCCAAAGUAAUGACUAACACAGCUGAUAUGGCCUCCACAUGUGUUGGGACACCCAGCUACCUAAGUCCUGAGCUUUGCCAGGAUGUCCCAUACAGCUCCAAGUCUGACAUCUGGGCUCUUGGCUGUCUGCUUUAUGAGAUCUGUGCUCUCAGACCUCCGUUUGCCGCCACAAACCUCCUGAGUCUGUUGUACAAGAUCACCAAAGGAGAGUAUGAUCCCGUGCCUAACACAUACUCGGACAACAUCUCCUCUUCGAUAAAGAGGAUGCUCUGCCUCAACCCAGAAGACAGGCCAAGUGCUGCCUGUAUACUGAGCAGUGCCUAUAUGCAGGAUCACCUCGAGAAUGUCACACACACACAGACUGACUGUGGUCCUGUGACUGAAUCUAAAGGGGAGAGCUGUGACAUUAAUAUAGAAGCAAACAAUACAGACAUUGACACCACACUUGAGCCACAUGAUCUCAGUCAAUCCAACUUAAGGGAAGAGAAACACUCUGUGGAGGGCAGUCUCAGCGAUGAGGAGGAGGAUGAUUGUGAUGCUCUGUGUGUUGGAGGACAAAUCCACUGUGACUGCCACUAUCCUGAGGACUUUGAUGAGGAUGAAAGUUUGUCCUCUCUAGAGGAACACAGUGAACACUCUGGGUCUCCGAUGAGGAGUGAUUCUGCAGCGCACACUGUAUUUCCAGAAGUUCUUGACAUUUCAGAACAAGUUGACUAUCCAGAUGACUUUGAGGAAGAUGAGGAGAGGGAAGACGAUGAGGAUAAAGCAGACUUAGUCCACUCUCCUGCUCUUCAGCAGCCACAUGAUGAUGAGGGCCUGGAGGAGGAGUUUCAGCUCUGUGAUGCUGGAGGAUUGACCAUUACACUGAAAGCAUUGAAGGAAAAGGGCUAA